AUGAGUUUGGGACCUCUGCAUCGCCACUUCGCCCAGUGGCACGCGGCCCGCUACGCCUCUAAUGUCAAACACGUCCGACCCGCCGAGGGACCACAACCUACUUCGCUUCGGUCGCGCUCCGUCGGCACAGCCGUCCUUAAUACCGGAGGGGAACAUGCGACGCUUUACUUUGGAAGCGGAUCCGCGCGAAAGACCCACAGGCAUGGGAAACGCCAUUCGAAGGAAGCCAAUGCUAGCAAACCAUUGAAGUUGCGUGGUAAUCGAGUUGCUGCCACAAUGGAGGUGAAGAGGAAGACGUGCAGCGGCGUUUUCAGGAUGGAGCCGGUACCGGAGAAGAGACCGUUCAGAGUGAAAAGCGUCAAGGGGGGCAACAUUCGGAAGGAGAUUAUAACGCCAGGUGUGAGCGGAGUAUUCAGGCAGAAAUCAUUUGGAGCAUGUGAUCGCCAACUAUCAGCGUUUUCAUCGUACAUGAAAGCCGCAUGCUCAAUAAGCUCAACAGCUGGCGGCAUAGGAAAUAUGUUCACUCGCAAAAUGGCGGUCACUGCAACUGCGUCUUGUCCGUGGCCUAACGGCGAGGAAAAUUAUGAAUUACGAGAUGUCAUUGGUGCUGGGGCAACAGCAGUGGUUUAUGGCGCUCUUUGCAAGCCGCGGGCUGAAAAAUGUGCUAUAAAAAGAAUAAACUUGGAAAAAUGGAACACUUCUAUGGAUGAACUUCUAAAGGAAAUUCAGGCAAUGUCAAGCUGCAACCAUGAAAAUGUUGUUACAUACUAUACAAGCUUUGUUGUGAAUGAUGAACUCUGGCUUGUAUUGAAGCUUCUUGAAGGAGGAAGUCUCCUGGAUGUGAUAAAACACAAAAUGAAGGUGACUAACUGCAAGCACGGAGUGUUCGAUGAAGCAACCAUCGCUACAGUUCUGAAAGAGGUCCUGAAAGGCCUGGAGUACUUCCACAGCAAUGGCCAAAUACACAGAGACAUCAAGGCUGGCAACAUUCUGUUGGGCGAGGACGGCACCGUGCAGAUCGCGGAUUUCGGCGUUUCCGCCUGGCUGGCGACGGGGCGGGACCUCUCCAGGCAGAAAGUGCGCCACACCUUCGUUGGUACGCCGUGCUGGAUGGCGCCCGAAGUUAUGGAACAGGAUCACGGCUACGACUUCAAAGCGGACAUCUGGUCCUUCGGGAUCACCGCUAUCGAGAUGGCGACCGGCACGGCGCCUUACCACAAGUUCCCGCCGAUGAAGGUGCUAAUGCUCACCCUACAGAACGACCCGCCCAGUCUGGACACAGGUGCCGACCAUAAAGACCAGUACAAAAUCUACGGGAAGACGUUCCGCAAGCUGAUCGGCGACUGCCUGCAAAAGGAUCCGUCGAAGAGGCCGACCGCCACAGAACUCUUAAAGCACCCCUUCUUCAAGAAGGCGAAGGACAAGAAGUACCUCACCCAGACCCUAGUUGCUAUCGGGCCGAGUAUGGAGACCAGGGUCCAUAAGCAGGCCAGCAAGAAGCAGGCGGGCGCGUCGGGCCGGCUUCACCGCACCGUCACCGGCGAGUGGGAGUGGAGCGAGGAGGAGGAGGAGGGGGAUGGGGAGAGGCCCGGCGGGGUAGGCUCCGACGAGGAGCCGGCCGAGGACAAGAGGCCCAUGAACCAGCUGCAGAGGGCAGACUCGAGCGGCAGCGACAACGACGAGCUGUCUUCCGAAGCCAAAGCUAAAUCGCAACCAGCGACAAGCCGCCCACCAGAGCCGGCCGUGAUCAACCUUGUUUUACGGCUAAGGAACGCCAGCCAGGAGCUGAACGACAUCCGCUUCGAGUUCAUCACGGGCAAGGACACCGCCGAGGGCAUAGCCGGCGAGCUGGUCGGCGCCGGCCUCGUGGACCCCCAGGACUCUGUGCCCAUCUCCCUGAACCUGGCCAAGUUGCUGGGUUCGCAGCGCAACGCCACCCAACCAGCGCCCAAGACGGUCACUUUUCACUUGAACUCGGCCGGCCCCAACGAGCAGUAUGACGACAAGACGCUGGUGGGAUUCGCGCAGAUAUCGAUAAUGAAU